AUGAAAGUCAUUGAGGGCCUUGAUGUGGGCAGGGACACAGUUCGGGUGGCCGUGGCUCUGUACAGCACGGACCCCGAGGUUCAGUUCUUUCUAAAUACCUAUGAGAACAAAGCCGCUGUCCUGGAUGCAGUGAAGGCCAUUCAGUUCACAGGCAGCAAUGAGGCUAACCUUGGAGCCGCCUUGGAGAAAGUCGCUGAGAGCCUGUUGAGUCCGGCAUCAGGGGGCAGGGCAGAAGAGGGGGUGCCCCAAGCUCUGGUGGUUAUCAGUGCUGGACCGUCCAAUGACGAUUUCAGUGCGGGUGACAGGGCCCUUAAGGCAGCAAGAGUUAUCACGUUUGGCGUAGUGGUCGGCGGCACGGCCACCUCCGAGCUGGAGACUAUCGCCACAGACAAGAGCUUUGUUCUGUCGGCCCCCGAUUUCAGGGCAGUGGCAAGCAUGGGUGACCAGCUGCUACCAUACGUUAACGGGGUGGCCCAGCGUACCAUUGUCGUUCAGAAUGAAUUCACAGAAGCCUUGGAAGUGGGAAAAAGGGACAUCAUUUUUCUCAUUGACAGCACUAUGGGUGCCACAACGAUCAACUCUCUUCGUGAGUUUAUCAAAAGGUUUGUUGACACCAUGCCAAUCGGACCGGACCAAGUGCAAGUAGGUGUGGCCCAGUUCAGCAAUGCUGCCAGGCUUGAGAUAGACCUGAACACAUAUGGAUCCAAGGAGGACCUGAAUGCGGCUCUGGGAAGACUCAAGCCAAGACCGGGACAAGUGGUGAACAUUGGGGUGGCCCUGGACUUUGUGAGGACCAACAUGCUGAGGGCUGACAAAGGGAGUCGUAUUCAGCAGGGUGUGCCCCAGCUGGUGCUGUUGAUGACCAGUAAAAAGUCCAGUGACAGUGUGGGGCAGGCUGCUAAGGCACUGCAGCGCAUGGGGGUUCUGACCCUGGCUGCCGGCUCCAAGACUGCCGAUGAGCAGGAGCUGAAGCAGAUUGCCUUUGAUGAGAGUUUGGUGUUCAUGCUGCAGGACUUCCCCAUAUUGCUUCGCAACCCAGGGAUGAUUGUCUCUCUCCUCUCCACUCUAUCUGGGGUUGUGGUGACUGAAGGACCCACAGAGCCAGUGGUUGAAAUUACAACAGUGCAGACCCAGAGAGUAGUCAGAGACAUCGUCUUUAUGGUGGAUGGCUCUAGCUACAUUGGGGGCGCCAAUCUUCCAUAUGUGCGGGAUUUCAUUGUCGGCGUGGUAAACCUGCUGGACGUGCGGCCCGACAGGGUGCGCAUUGGCCUUAUGCAGUUUGCAGAGAACCCAAAGAUCGAAUUCUACCUGAACACGCACAACACAAAGCAAGAUGUGCUGGCUAAAGUUGGUCAGCUCAGGCUAAUGGGAGGGUCUGCUUUGAACACUGGAGCGGCUAUGGAUUAUGCCCUUACCAACAUGUUCCAGGCCUCGACUGGGUCACGUAAGAGGCAGGGUGUCCAACAGGUGCUUCUCCUGAUCACUGGAGGCCCAUCCCAGGAUGAGGUGAAAAAGAUUGCAGACAAAGUGGCCGUGGCAGGUGUACUGACCUUCACAGUCAGUGCCGGCCAGGCAGAUGAGGCCUACUUGAAGACGGUCGCUUUCGUCCCAAACUUGGCUUACCAUGAAAGCAGAUUUUCUGGCCUACCAAGUGUUGUUGAACAGAUCAUGACUCCUUUGAUUACUGUGGUCGGCGACACAGACAUCUCAGUAACAGACAUCCAAAUAACCACGGAACCUGCAGUUGUUGGAGGCGAGAGGGAUGUUGCAUUCCUGAUUGACGGCUCAGAUAAUGUCCGAGCAGAUUUCCCCUACAUCCGGGACUUUAUCAUCAAAGUCAUUGAGCCUCUUGAUAUUGGACAAGAUAGAGAAUUCAGCCAGCUCAAUAUGGUACAACAAAGGCUCAAUAGCUAUGUGAGCCUUCCCAAGGAAGAGCUGAAGGUCAUUCUGGACCAAGUGGAAACAGUGGAAACAGUGGGAAAUGACGGAAAUAGGAGAGAUAUUGUGUUUCUUCUGGAUGGAUCAGAUAACACCAGAAAAGAAUUCCCAGCAAUUCGUGAUUUCCUCCACAAAAUCAUUGAAAAUCUCAAAGUGGAAGAAAACAAUGACAGAGUGGCAGUGGUACAAUUUAUUGAGAGUCAGGCUCCCAGGAGGGAUGUCGUGUUCUUGCUGGAUGGAUCUGAUGGCACUAGGAGUGGAUUCCCAGCAAUGCGGGACUUUGUUCAAAGAGUAGUGGAGACACUCGGUGUGGAUGAGAACAAAGAUCGCGUGGCUGUGGUCCAGUACAGUAGAGAUCCAGCCGCCCAAUUCUAUCUGAACACAUACACAACAAAAGGAGAGAUUCUGGACACUGUAAGAGGUCUGAGACACAAAGUGGACCAAAGCAUUGCCAGAAAGGAUGUAGUAUUCCUGCUGGAUGGUUCUGAUGGCACUAGGAAUGGCUUUCCAGCAAUGCGUGACUUUGUUCAAAGAGUGGUAGAGAAACUCACUGUGGAGGAGAACAGAGAUCGAGUCUCUGUGGUCCAGUAUAGCAGAGAAUCAGAGGCCCACUUCUAUCUGAACACUUACACAACAAAGGAAGACGUUGUGGACACCGUAAAAGGCCUGAGGCACAAAGGAGGGAGACCCCUCAACACUGGGGCAGCUCUCCAGUAUGUCAGGGACAAUGUCUUUAUUGCCUCCUCCGGAAUUGAGAGUCAGGCUCCCAGGAGGGAUGUCGUGUUCUUGCUGGAUGGAUCUGAUGGCACUAGGAGUGGAUUCCCAGCAAUGCGGGACUUUGUUCAAAGAGUAGUGGAGACACUCGGUGUGGAUGAGAACAAAGAUCGCGUGGCUGUGGUCCAGUACAGUAGAGAUCCAGCCGCCCAAUUCUAUCUGAACACAUACACAACAAAAGGAGAGAUUCUCGACACUGUAAGAGGUCUGAGACACAAAGGUGGGAGACCUCUCAACACUGGAGCAGCUCUCCAGUACGUGAGAGACAAUGUCUUUACUGCCUCCUCCGGAAGUCGACGCACUGAAGGUGUUCCACAGUUACUGAUUCUGCUGAGUGGUGGAAGGUCCUCUGACAAUGUUGACACUCCAGCUUCUGCUCUGAAGGAGCUUGGGGUCUUGAUCUUUGGAAUUGGAACAAGGAGCUCUGAUAGCAGAGAAUUGCAGAGGAUAUCACAUGAUCCCAGUUACGCUCUGUCUGUCUCUGACUUCACUGACCUUCCAAACAUCCAGCAGCAACUUCUGUCCUCGGUGGAGGCAGUUGUUAUUGACGUUACGCCAGAAUCGACAACAGAUUUAGUGGACCAAAGCAUUGCCAGAAAGGAUGUAGUAUUCCUUCUGGAUGGUUCUGAUGGCACUAGGAAUGGCUUUCCAGCAAUGCGUGACUUUGUUCAAAGAGUGGUAGAGAAACUCACUGUGGAGGAGAACAGAGAUCGAGUCUCUGUGGUCCAGUAUAGCAGAGAAUCAGAGGCCCACUUCUAUCUGAACACUUACACAACAAAGGAAGACGUUGUGGACACCGUAAAAGGCCUGAGGCACAAAGGAGGGAGACCCCUCAACACUGGGGCAGCUCUCCAGUAUGUCAAGGACAAUGUCUUUAUUGCCUCCUCCGGAAUUGAGAGUCAGGCUCCCAGGAGGGAUGUCGUGUUCUUGCUGGAUGGAUCUGAUGGCACUAGGAGUGGAUUCCCAGCAAUGCGGGACUUUGUUCAAAGAGUAGUGGAGACACUCGGUGUGGAUGAGAACAAAGAUCGCGUGGCUGUGGUCCAGUACAGUAGAGAUCCAGCCGCCCAAUUCUAUCUGAACACAUACACAACAAAAGGAGAGAUUCUCGACACUGUAAGAGGUCUGAGACACAAAGGUGGGAGACCUCUCAACACUGGAGCAGCUCUCCAGUACGUGAGAGACAAUGUCUUUACUGCCUCCUCCGGAAGUCGACGCACUGAAGGUGUUCCACAGUUACUGAUUCUGCUGAGUGGUGGAAGGUCCUCUGACAAUGUUGACACUCCAGCUUCUGCUCUGAAGGAGCUUGGGGUCUUGAUCUUUGGAAUUGGAACAAGGAGCUCUGAUAGCAGAGAAUUGCAGAGGAUAUCACAUGAUCCCAGUUACGCUCUGUCUGUCUCUGACUUCACUGACCUUCCAAACAUCCAGCAGCAACUUCUGUCCUCGGUGGAGGCAGUUGUUAUUGACGUUACGCCAGAAUCGACAACAGAUUUAGUUGAUCAUGACACCUCCAGAAAGGAUGUGGUAUUCCUUGUGGAUGGUUCUGAUGGCACAAGGAAUGGAUUCCCAGCAAUGCGUGAUUUUGUUCAGAGAGUAGUGGGGAAACUCAAUGUGGGAGGAGACAAAGACCGCGUUUCUGUUGUCCAGUACGGUAGAGAUCAAGAAGUUCAUUUCUAUCUGAACACAUACACCACAAAGGAGGACAUUCUUAACACUGUGAGAAGUCUGAGGCACAGAGGAGGUAGACCCCUUAACACUGGGGCAGCCCUCCAAUACGUAAGGGACAACGUCCUUACUGCCUCCUCUGGAAGCAGAAGCCAAGAGGGCGUCCCUCAGAUGCUGAUACUGCUGAGUGGGGGAAGGUCCAGUGAUAAUGUUGACAUACCAGCUUCUGCCCUGAAAGAGAGUGGGGUCUUGAUCUUUGGCAUUGGAACCAGAAAUUCCAGCAGAGAGGUUCAAAGGAUUGCCACUGAUCCUAGUUUUUCCCAGUCUGUUUCUGAAUUCACUGACCUCCCCAGCGUCCAGGAGCAGUUUUUCUCCUCACUCAUAACUGUACAAGUUGAGGCCACACCCAUAACCCCGACAGUCGUAGUGGACCAAAGCAUUGCCAGAAAGGAUGUAGUAUUCCUGCUGGAUGGUUCUGAUGGCACUAGGAAUGGCUUUCCAGCAAUGCGUGACUUUGUUCAAAGAGUGGUAGAGAAACUCACUGUGGAGGAGAACAGAGAUCGAGUCUCUGUGGUCCAGUAUAGCAGAGAAUCAGAGGCCCACUUCUAUCUGAACACUUACACAACCAAGGAAGACGUUGUGGACACCGUAAAAGGCCUGAGGCACAAAGGAGGGAGACCCCUCAACACUGGGGCAGCUCUCCAGUAUGUCAGGGACAAUGUCUUUACUGCCUCCUCCGGAAUUGAGAGUCAGGCUCCCAGGAGGGAUGUCGUGUUCUUGCUGGAUGGAUCUGAUGGCACUAGGAGUGGAUUCCCAGCAAUGCGGGACUUUGUUCAAAGAGUAGUGGAGACACUCGGUGUGGAUGAGAACAAAGAUCGCGUGGCUGUGGUCCAGUACAGUAGAGAUCCAGCCGCCCAAUUCUAUCUGAACACAUACACAACAAAAGGAGAGAUUCUCGACACUGUAAGAGGUCUGAGACACAAAGUGGACCAAAGCAUUGCCAGAAAGGAUGUAGUAUUCCUGCUGGAUGGUUCUGAUGGCACUAGGAAUGGCUUUCCAGCAAUGCGUGACUUUGUUCAAAGAGUGGUAGAGAAACUCACUGUGGAGGAGAACAGAGAUCGAGUCUCUGUGGUCCAGUAUAGCAGAGAUUCAGAGGCCCACUUCUAUCUGAACACUUACACAACCAAGGAAGAUGUUGUGGACACCGUAAAAGGCCUGAGGCACAAAGGAGGGAGACCCCUCAACACUGGGGCAGCUCUCCAGUAUGUCAGGGACAAUGUCUUUACUGCCUCCUCCGGAAUUGAGAGUCAGGCUCCCAGGAGGGAUGUCGUGUUCUUGCUGGAUGGAUCUGAUGGCACUAGGAGUGGAUUCCCAGCAAUGCGGGACUUUGUUCAAAGAGUAGUGGAGACACUCGGUGUGGAUGAGAACAAAGAUCGCGUGGCUGUGGUCCAGUACAGUAGAGAUCCAGCCGCCCAAUUCUAUCUGAACACAUACACAACAAAAGGAGAGAUUCUCGACACUGUAAGAGGUCUGAGACACAAAGCUCAGUCCCAGGGUCCCAAGAAGGAUAUCGUCUUCCUUGUCGAUGGCUCAGAUGGCGUUGGACGGGAGUUCCCCAUCAUCCAGGAGUUCAUCCGCAGGAUUGUGGAGAAACUCAACGUGGGCAAAAACAAGAUCAGGAUUAGUGUGGUGCAGUAUGGUGACUCCCCCAAUGCAGAUAUCAAUCUGAACUCCCACACAACCAAGGAGGGGGUUAUGAACGCUGUCAAGGGACUGCGUCAGCGAGGCGGCCGGGACCGUAACCUGGGUCAGGCAUUGGAGUUUGUCAGUAACGAAGUGCUGAAUGCUCAAAAUGGCGGCAGGAAGGAAGAGGGCGUACCACAGUUCCUGAUUGUCGUCUCCGGCGGGAAGUCCACAGAUGAAAUCAGUCGACCUGCGACAUCACUGAAGCAGUCCGGCAUUUUUCCCUUCAGCAUCGGGACCAGAGAUGUUAACCCUCAGGAGCUUCAGGUUGUCUCCUAUGUUCCCAACUUUGCCUACACUGUAGACGACUUCCCUGGCCUGUACACAGUGCAGGACACACUGAUCACCACGCUCACAGAGUUGUCAGAUGAGGACAUCGCCAGGCUGCGCCCUGUAAUCCCAAAUGUGGAUGUAUCCACUGGCGGAGAAAAGAGGGAUGUGGUUUUCCUCAUUGACGGCACAACAGCUGUGCGCAGCGAGUUCCCCGCCAUCCGUGACAUGAUUGGGAGGGUCGUGGAAAAGCUAGACGUGGGUCUGGAUCGGGUGAGGGUGUCAGUGGUGCAGUACAGCGACGGUGCCAAGGUGGAGUUCCACCUGAACAAGCACUCCACCAAAGACGAGGUCCGCCAGGCCACGAGGAAGCUUCAGAGCAGCGGUGGGAACCGUCGGAACACUGGCCGUGCCCUUGAAUGGAUCUCCAAGAACAUCUACCAGAGAUCAGCAGGUAGCCGCAUUGAGGAGGGAGUUCCUCAGUUCCUCAUUCUAGUCACAGGGGGAAAGUCCAACGAUGACGUCUCUGGACCGGUUAAUCAGCUGAAGACCAACCUGGUUGCCCCUUUAGCCAUCGGCACAAAGAAUGCCGACCCCAAUGAACUGAGGCAGAUCGCCCUAAAGCCAGAACUUGCCUACUCCAUUAACAACUUUGGGCAGCUUCCAACAGUGGAGCAGCAGCUUAUUGCUUCAGUCAACACCAUGACCACCACUGACAUCUCCGGCAGUUUUGUUCCCCCAGUUUUGGAUAUUGCUAACCUCAACAUGGGGAGGAAAGAUAUCAUCUUUCUCAUCGAUGGCUCGGACACCACAGGCUCCAAUGGCAUCGCCCACAUCCGUGACUUCAUCCUCAACAUCGUUCAGCAACUAGAUGUGCAACUUGACCAGGUCCGGAUCGCUGUCGUCCAAUAUUCCGACAAGGUCAAGACCGAGUUCUCUCUCAACUCCCACAACAAAAAACCAGCUGUGCUCUCAGCCAUUAAAAGACUACGCCAGCAGGGUGGAAGAUCAUCCGAUCUGGCCAACGCCAUCGAGUAUGUGAUCAGGAAUGAGCUGAAAGCCUCGGCGGGUGUCCGGCUUGCGGAGGCCUCCCAGCAUCUAGUGGUCCUUACUGGCGGAAGGUCCCCCACUGACGUGUCCGUGUACGGCCCUCUGCUUAAAGGCUCCCGAGUUAACUGCAUCGGCAUCGGGGCUGGUGGAGCAGACUCAAGGCAGCUCAACCAGAUUGCCACCAGCUCUGCCGAUGUUCUCCAGGUACCCGCUUUCUCCGGCUUGCCAGUCAUUAAGGAGAGGUUUAUUACCAGGCUGAACGGAACAAUCCCUGAAGAGGCACCUACAGAUUUUGUCGACCCAAGCCUCCCUAAAGCCAAGGUUGCUGAUAUUGUAUUCUUGGUGGACGGCUCCAUCAACCUGGGCAAGGACAACUUCAAGGAGGUGAUGGGGUUCAUCCAGAACCUCAUCGACCUCUUCUUCACUGAGCGUGACAACCUGCAGAUUGGCCUGGCGAGCUACACCACCGACGUCACCGACGUGUUCUACCUCAAUACCUACAAGAACAAGGACGACAUAAUCGACGCCAUCAGCCGCACCGAGUACAAGGGCGGCCGCAGGAUCAACACGGGCACCGCCAUCCACCACGUGCAGGAGAACCACUUCAUCAAAGGUAAAGGCAGCAGGAAGGAUGAGGGCAUCCCCCAGAUCCUGAUGAUCAUCACCGGCGGAAGGUCGGCCGACGACAGCAAGACCGCAGCUCUGGCGUUGAAGGCCACCGGCGUGCGCAUCUACGCUGUCGGCGUGGGUGACAUUGAGGACGAGUUGAACAACCUGGCGAGUGAGGCCUCCACAGUGGCCAGGGCAAGCACGUUUGUGGAGCUCUCUGAGCUCAACGAGCAAAUCCUUGAGACAUUGGACGACGAGUUGAAGGGGGUCAAGCUAUGCACUGGCGUGAGCCAGGAGCCCUCAAAGACCUGCAGUCUGGAGGUGUUGGUAGGCUUUGAUGUGUCCUCACCAAACAUCUUCCAAGCCCAGAGAAUCCUGGAGUCCAAGAUGGGUGCCAUCCUCCAAAGGAUCACCAAGAUGACGGGCAUCAGUUGCUCGUCGGGCCAGAUCCCAUCGAUCCAGGUGGGCAUCCUGGCCAUGGAUGCCGCCUCAGAACCCGUCCACCUGGAGUUCACGAACAACGCCGACAUGCUGUUCGAGGCCUUCCGAGCACUGCGCGCCCGCGGACCCUACUUCCUCAACGCCAAGACCAUUGCCGCAUAUGGUUCCAGGUUCAAAAGCCGAGCAGCAGAUGCGGUCAAGGUUGUGAUCCAUCUGACUGAUGGUCUGGAUGGCCAGUAUAAUGAAAUGAAGAGACAGGUUGAAGAACUUAAGAUUUCAGGUGUGAACAGCUUUAUCCUGGUGGGUCUGGAGCGGGUACCCAGGUUUGAGGAGGCCGUGCUCCUGGAGUUUGGCCGUGGCUUCAGGUACACCAGACCCCUCAGAGUUAAUGUCAUGGACUUGGACUACGAGCUUCUGGAGGAACUGGACAACAUUGCUGAGAGGGAGUGUUGCGCGGUGCCAUGCAAAUGCACCGGCACAAGGGGAGACAGAGGAGCAGUCGGACUUGGAGGACUGAAGGGUGGUCCAGGCGGAGCAGGUGGAGCAGGACAUCCCGGAGAUGAGGGUGGAUCCGGAGACAGAGGUCCUCUUGGUGUCAAUGGAACUCAAGGUUUCCAGGGAUGUCCUGGACAGAGGGGCAUCAAGGGUGGUCGUGGGUACUCUGGAGAAAAGGGUGAAUUUGGAGAGAUUGGCCUGGAUGGCAUCAAUGGAGAAGAGGGCAAGAGUGGAGUCGCUGGACCCCCAGGAGACAGAGGAAACCCUGGGAGAAGGGGAACCAAAGGAACUAAAGGACAUGCAGGAGACAUCGGGGAUACCGGAAUCCGAGGAGAUCCUGGAACCACAGGGCAAGAUAACAACGUGGCUGGACCUAAAGGAGACCCAGGCGACGUCGGCCCAGUGGGAGAGCCAGGGGAAGAUGGUAAGAUGGGAGGCCCCGGUGAACCAGGCAGGACGGGUUCUGAUGGUAGAAGAGGCCCAGCCGGACAAGCUGGAAACCCUGGCAGUUCCGGAGGUAACGGUGUGCAGGGAGAGCCUGGUAUCGGAGGAUCCAGGGGCCAAGCUGGACCAAUUGGUGCACCUGGAACCAGAGGUGAGGACGGGAACCCUGGACCAAGGGGCCCAGGAGGAGCCCAGGGACCCCCCGGAAACAAUGGCAGGAGAGGACCUCUCGGUCGCAAGGGUGAGCCAGGAGAGCCCGGACCCAAUGGCAUCGUGGGACCUCUGGGACCUCGUGGUGAGCCUGGCGAAGAUGGUCGAGAUGGAUUUGGAAUCGCAGGGCCCAAAGGAAGAAAGGGUGAUGAGGGCUUCCCAGGAUUCCCAGGACCAAAGGGAGCGGCAGGUGAUGGUGGAACCAAUGGCGGACCAGGACCCAUAGGAAACCGUGGCCAGAGGGGUGUUUCAGGAGAAAUUGGUACUCCAGGUCAGAAGGGAGAGGUUGGAUACACCGGGCCUUAUGGCCAGAAAGGACCAAGAGGACCUGGCGUUGUGCAAUGUGACUUGGUAAAGAAAAUCAGAGACAACUGUCCUUGCUGCUAUGGUCAGCAGGAGUGCCCACUCUACCCUACCGAGCUGGCCUUCGCCCUGGACACCUCCGAUAGCGUGGGUAGGCCUGCCUUCAACAACAUGCGUGACGCCGUGCUCCGCCUGGUUAGCAACAUCACCAUCUCCGAGAGCAACUGCCCGCGCGGUGCCCGAGUGGCCCUCACCCUCUACAACAAUGAAGUGACCACCGAAAUCCGCUUUGCAGACGGGCUGAAGCGGCGCGCACUGGUGCAGCGUGUGGAGGGCCUCCAGGCAUUACAGACGCGCAAACAGCGUAGCCUGGAGACAGCCAUGAACUUCUUGGCGCAGAACACCUUCAAAAGGGUGCGCAGCGGCUUCCUCAUGAGGAAGGUGGCCAUCUUCUUUGUUAAUGGGCCAGUGAAGGAUCAGCGGGCGGUAAGCGCAGCCGCCCUACGCCUCUAUGACUCCGGCAUUGCCUCAGUGUUCCUGACCAACAAAGAGGAUGGCCAGCUCACCAGAGCUCUGAAGAUGAACAGCACUGGGUCCGCACUGGGUCAGGUGAUUGUGCUGCCCAAUCCCGGAAGUGCACAGUACAACUCAGCUAUCCAAAAGGUCAUGAACUGCCACAUCUGCCUGGACUCCUGCGCCCCGGACCAAAUGUGUGACUAUGCCCCCCCUCAGCAGUCACGAGACAGGAGGGCCUCCACCACCGAUGUGGACAUUGACAUGGCCUUUGUCAUGGACAGCUCCGAGACCACCGACCCCACCGUCUUCACUGAGAUGAAACGCUACGUUGCACACAUCGUAGAGCAGCUAGAAGUCUCGUCGGACCCCGUGGCAUCCAUCCACCACGCCCGCGUGGCCGUAAUCCAGCAUGCGCCCUACGAGUUCAUGCGCAACAGCAGCGGCUCACCCAUCUUUGUGGAUGUGGGCCUGACUGACCACCGCUCAGCCCAGGACAUCCGCAACUUCCUGCUUGAGAAGACGCCCCAACUGGAGGGUGGGCGGGCGCUGGCAGUGGCCAUCGAGCACACGGUGGAGCAGGUGUUUGAGAAAGCACCCCACCAGCGAGACCUCAAGGUUCUGAUGUUGUUUGUGACAGGCCCCGUGGAGCAGGAUGAGGAGCGGCUGGUUGCUGUGGCCACCGAGGCCAAGUGUAAGGGCUAUUUCUUGGUCAUCCUGGGUGUGGGCGAGAAGCUGGGUGCUGGGGACACCCGCGUGCUGACGCGCAUGGCCAGCGAGCCGUCCGACGUCUUCUUCAAGAGGCUGACCAGCACCACGCACUUCUUCGACAAGCACAUUCAGAACUUUGGCCAACUGCUGCCCAAGUAUCUCAGCAUUGAGAACGCUUUCUACAUGUCCCCUGAAGUCUCCAAAAACUGUCACUGGUACCAGAGUGACCAGCCAUUCCCCAAGUUCCCCUUCCCCAAGUCACACCACAGCCAAGAGAAACAUCAAAAACACGAAAACCACCAGGCAGUCCAUCCAAGAAAGCACAACGACCAAGACUCAGACGAGUUGCACGUAGCCAACGUCACUUCCAGCAGCCUGACCCUGCGCUGGGCCAGCCCGGACCCCAAGCACAUGGCCUACUUUAAGGUGGUGGUGACGCGCCUGCGUGACAACACACUGGUGUUGAGGAGAAAUGUGACGGGCACGGAGCUCACUGUUGGCGGCCUGGAGAGCGCCCAGACCUACCACGCCGUGGUGACCACACACACCGCCCAGGGCCACGUUGCGGCCACCUACAAAGGCAUUAUGACCACCAAAGCAGCAGCAGAGCAUAAGGUCACUGCCCCCAUGGAGGUGACAGGUAUCAUGGCCACUACACCACUGGACAGACCAGAGAUUGCAGAGCCUCAGCAACAAGUGGAGCAGCAGCCCAAGACUGAGAUCCUUCCAGCUAUUGCGGCCUUGACAGGAGUGGAAGUUUGUCAGCUCCCCAAAGAGGAAGGCACCUGCACAAAGUUUGUUCUCAAGUGGCACUACGACCCCCUUAGCAAGAACUGCACACGCUUCUGGUACGGAGGCUGUGGCGGCAACCAGAAUCGCUUCGAAACUCACGAGGAGUGUGAGAAGGCCUGUGGAAAAGCAGCUCUGCCUCGAGGGCAGAAGGCAUGGGAUUGGUUGGAUGAAAGCCGUGCAAACAGCGGACGGCGUUCACAGCGACGAGUGAGAAUAAAAGGAAAGAGAAGAAAAGGCUCCCUAGGUGCACCUGUCAACCAAGGAGUCAUUGCCGCAAUAAAAACGUAGGAGGACAUUGAUUCACUGUCAACAUAUACGUCUACUGAGGAGAUUCUGAGGAAAAUCAACAAAAAUGGCCAAAGAGAAGCUGAACCAAAGGAGAGGUGGCUGCACUGGAUUCCACAGACAGGAUUUGAUCAAAAUAAGUAUUGAAGUAGUCUAUAUCACAAAAAGAAAGAAAGCAAAUCAAUGUGCUGCAUGAUAUUUCCUACUGGUGCUACAUAGUGUUUUUUUUGUGUUUUUUUUCUCUGGUUGAGUUGCGGACUACAUCCAGUGUUUGUAAUGUAACAUUUCUGGAACAGUUACAAAAUAUGUUUUUCAUUGAAAAAGUUAAACUCAUCAUUUUAUUAAGUAAAUGUGUAUGAAUAUCUUGGGACAUAGAUUAUCAAUAAAUCAAGUCAGGUCCACAAUGACUUUUGAAAGAGUCACCAUAUGUUUAUAUUACUUCACUAUAUCCCCCAAUACAGACAUUCACUCACCAUGCUGAUGUUUACACAAGUCCAAGCUGGCAGUGUGUAUAUAAUGACAGUUAAAACCAAUUCCUCAGCAAGGAAAGGAAUUCAUCAUGCAAUGUAAAUUCACUUCUGGAACCACUGCCUCAAACACACAUGUUCCAGUUUUUGAAUAUGGAAUCUACUUAUCAAGCUGUUAGUGUUUUUUUUGUUUUGUUUUACUUAACUUUGUGUUUCAUCUGGGAACGGGGGAAAUAAACAUUUUAUUA